AUGUCUUUACCUACUCGAGCCCUUGGUCGCAAUGGCCCUCAAGUUCCAGCUAUUGGUCUGGGACUCAUGAGCCUUGGUAGUGUUUACGGGCCAGCCGGCUCCCUCGAGGACAAAGUUGCCUUCCUGGAACAUGCUCAUGCAAUCGGUGCCAGGUUCUGGGAUACCGCCGAUGUGUACUUUGACAGCGAGGAUGCCGUCGGCGAGUGGAUCAAAAAGUCAGGAAACCGCAACGAAAUCUUCCUGGCUACUAAAUUCGCACUUGGUUAUGAUCUCGUUGCGGGUACUCAGUCGAUCCACUCUGACCGGGACUACGUGAAGGCCGCCUGCGAAAAGAGCUUGAAGCGACUGGGUAUCGACACCAUCGAUCUCUAUUACUGUCACCGCGUGGAUGGGGUGACGCCGAUCGAGCAGACCAUUGAAGCGAUGGUCGAAUUGAAGAACCAAGGCAAGAUCAGAUAUCUUGGACUCUCUGAAUGCUCUGCGUCGACUAUACGUCGUGCUCAUGCCGUCCAUUCCAUCGCAGCAUACCAGGUCGAGUACAGUCCGUUCGCCGUGGAGAUCGAAUCCGCCACCGAGGUUCUGAACACCUGCCGCGAACUUGGCAUCGCGAUUAUCGCUUAUAGUCCCAUCGGUCGUGGUAUCCUGACAGGGGAAAUCCAGUCAUUCGCCGAUAUCCCCGAGACCGACUUCCGUCGCAUGUUGCCCAAGUAUGCAGAUGAGAACUUCCCCAAGAUCCGCGAGUUGGUGCAAGGGCUGGAAGCGAUUGCCAAGAGACAUGACAGCACAUCGGCACAGGUUGCUCUCGCAUGGAUCCUCGCCCAGGGAAGCGAUAUUAUUCCCAUCCCCGGGACCAAGUCUAUCCAGCGACUGGAUGAAAACACCCGCUCUGUCAGUCUUUCUUUGAAAGAGGCGGAGCUGGCCGAGAUCCGCGCAUUAAUUAACCGGACUGAAGUCCCAGGAACGCGGUAUCCUGCUGUUAUGAUGGACGGGCUACUCGGGGAUACUCCGCCACUGGAACAGAGCCUCUGA